CCCCGCGCAUUUUCUUCCCUCUCUCUUCCUGCAGCCGCGGCCCUUCUGCCGUGAAAGAGGAAGAUGAGAACCAGCAGCGGUUCACCGACACCGACACCGGAGCACAACUGAACCGAGUCGGACCUCCAGCGGAAUGUCGGCAGACCGGCUGCAGACGGAGCGGAGCCCGAGCUCAGCUGCUGUUCUCCGGACUUGAACCGAACGCGACCGCCGCUGGAGUCGCGCGGAGCUCCGGAGUCUGGUGGAGCUGCAGCCUGCUGGACUGGGCCGAGCCGAGCCGAGCCGAGCCGAGCCGAGCCGCCUUCAUCUCCUGAUCGUGCUGACGAUGCUCGGCUAAGUGCAGGACCGAACCCUCGACAGCACCGCACCCUGAAACCAGACCCGAUCUCUCCCUGCCCCCCUUCAGGUGAGAACCAUGCUGCACACCUGGAGGUUCACCUGGUCCCGGGUCCGGGCCCCUGUAGUGUUCUGCUGUCAGACUGGAUCAGAGCUGUGACCAGAUUCUGUGACCGGGUCAGUUCAUUCGCUGAACCAGUUCAAAGUUGCAAAGUGUCCGAUCUUGAUCCUGGUCUGGUCCUGGUUCCUUCCUGGUCCAGUCCAGGCUGCAGCAUGGAGCGCUCCGGCAGCAUCCAGCUGGACAUCCCAGACUUCAGUAACUCGGUUCUGACCCACCUGAACCAGCUGCGUGUUCAGGGCCGUCUCUGCGACAUCGUGGUCAAUGUUCAGGGACAGAGCUUCCGGGCACACAAGGUGGUGCUCGCCGCCAGCUCGCCGUACUUCCGUGACCACAUGUCUCUGAGCCAGAUGAGCACGGUGUCGCUGACCGUGAUCCGAAACCCGUCUGUGUUCGAGCAGCUGCUGUCCUUCUGCUACACGGGUCGGCUCUGCCUGCAGCUCGCCGACAUCAUCAGCUACCUGACGGCCGCCAGCUUCCUGCAGAUGCAGCACAUCAUCGACCGCUGCACCCAGAUCCUAGAGGGCAUCCACCUGAAGAUCAGCCUGGCCGACCUGGAUGAGGAGUCCACAGAGGAGGAGGUGCGGGGGUCCAGGGGAGGCAGGGCCCUGGAGUCGGUGGUCCGAGGAGGGGGUCAUCACGGCGGUCUGCGGCUCCUCGGGCCACGGGGCGGUGCGGAGACACGCGAGCCAACCAGCCCUGUCGAGGAGCCAAUCAGCCCGCCCCCGACCGUGGAGCACAGUGGGCUGGAGGGGCCCGGGGUCGCUGCCGCCGGACGAGCAGUCAAAGAACCGAUCCUUCGCAUCAACCGGGCCGGUCAGUGGUACGUGGAGACGAGUAGCGAGCCAGACAGGAGCGGCAGCCCAGAGGAGGACGGAGUCAGGAUCAAGACGGAGAGGAUGGAGGAGUGGAUCGGAGCAGGAGAGCAACAGGAGGAGGCGGGGCCAGUGGAGGAGGGGGCCACUGUGAUGAUUGACACAUCAGGACGCAGCACACUGGUGACCGGGCCAGUGGGAGCGCUGGGAAGCCGCAGCCUCCAACCGUCCUCCAGCUUCAGCGAGGCAGACCGGUUCAGUCCGACCGGCAGCGUGGUCGUCCUGGCCGAGCGCCAGAGAGCGAAGAGCGAGUCGCCCAGCAGGGCGGACGACCUGCGACAGCCCAACUCCCAGGGGGAGGAGCAGGUAGCGUUUGAUAUGGGCGGUUACGAGGACUACCUGAGGGAGCAGGUAGGAGACCGCUGGUUCCGCUACAACCCCCGACUCACCUGCAUCUACUGCUGCAAGUCCUUCAACCAGAAGGGAAGCCUGGACCGCCACAUGCGCCUGCACAUGGGCAUCACGCCGUUUGUCUGCCGCAUCUGUGGGAAGAAGUACACGCGGAAGGACCAGCUGGAGUACCACAUCCGCAAGCACACCGGCAACAAGCCCUUCCACUGCCACGUCUGCGGCAAGAGCUUCCCCUUCCAGGCCAUCCUCAAUCAGCACUUCCGCAAGAACCACCCCGGCUGUGCCCCCCAAGAGGCUCACAGCGCUUCCCCAGAGACCACCACCACCUCCGUCACGUCCAGGGGGGGUCCGAGUGACGAGGCCUCCCCCAGUCAGGAGGAGCCAGAGGGGACGGGCAGUGGUGGUGGGAGCAGCAGCGGCGGGGGCCAGUAUGGUGAGGGUCCGCAGGCCUCCGUCUCCACCACCGGGCCUGACUGAGCCAGAGGGUGGCGUCAAGGUCGGGUGGGGUGGUGGUGGCAGAGGUGGGGGUGGGGGGGGGGACAUCUGACCCCAACAGGACGCCUUUCAAGUCCGAACUGAGAUUUAUUUCCGCUUUAAACCGCAUCUACCUUCACUAACCUAAUGGAACAGAUUAAGCUAAAAUGAAGACACCACACAGAACCUCACGCGACGCAGUGGUUCUCGUCUCUCCGUCGACUUUAUGUUACAGAUUUCUAAUUUUAUAUUUACGAGUAUUACAGGUUCACCACAUAACGUCACAACAGUCUGUCCGGUGGAAACUUUGCCAAACUCCUCGGUGCCAGUUUCACAGUUCAAAUGCUUCAUAUUUGCCUUGAGACAAUCCGGUUCAUAAUGAUCCUGCGCGAUCUUCAAGUGCCACAACGGCAUAAAACGGUUCAAUGAGAAAACACGGUUCAGUUCCAGUGUGAUCGAGUUCAUCAAGGACAGUUUCACCUCAGAGAAUAAAGAGAAAGACAAACACUAUGCUGGUUGGUCAGUGUCACAGUAACUGACAGACGACAAGUCAAACUAAAAGAUUUUUUGGUUAAAACAUUUUAAUAAAUUAUUAAGAAUUUAACUUGCACAUGACCAAAGUCCACAAGAUUAUCUAGAGCUGCAACAGUUCAACGAUUACUAAAUUAAUCACCAACUAUUUUGAUAUUGAUUAAUCGGUUCAAGUGAUUUGUGAAUAUCUUCUGGUUUCUUUGCUCCUCUGUGACAGUAACUGAAGAUCUUUGGUGUGAACAAAACAAAACAUCAUCUUAGGGUUUUGAAAAACGAUCUACAUGUUUCACCAUUUUAUGAACCAAACUAACUAAUCGAUUAAUUGAUUAUGAAAAUAAUGAUUAGUGGCCUAUGAUAAUGUGUCCUCCAUGUGGAACCAGAGACCACGAGAGGAGUGGACGUCCUCUGAUGAUCCGAUCACACUGAUGAAUCUGUCUUUAACUUCUUCAGAUGGUCGGAACAGACUCGCAGCAGGAAACAGCCUCAGAUAAGCUACACAGCUCAGUUACCUCUCAUCACUACGCAAUACAGCUGCUGCACAGCACAGCACCACCGGGGGGCGCUCUGAUCCACUCAGAGAUCUCCGUCACUCAGAUAUUUUUAUAAACAAGCAUGUCUUUAUUUUUUAGUUCUUCUUGGACACUUUUUUGCUCUGACAAUUUGUGAAGACAGAAGCUUCGUGUUCGAGGAGGAGACAGUGUCAAUACCUGAUCAUUAGCAGUUAAAGAUGGAUUUAAUCUUCUGCACUCGACAAACCUAUCGCAGUCACAGAGAAAAAGCUAAGUCAGACAAAAGCUACAGAUUGGAGCUGUGUCUAACAUUUCAUAAUAAUAAUAAUAAUAAUCCAUUCAUCUGCAGAUUAUCUUUUGGAUUCAUUAUGUUGAAUUCAUAUUGAAUAAUAACAUUUCAGAACAAAGGUGACGUCUUUAAAUGUCUUAUUUUUUGGUCGACAGUCGUAAACUCAAACUAAUUAAAUCUUUUUUUAGUCCAGAGGCAGAAAAACAUAACUGCCAAUAUCAAAAACUGAGGAAAGUUAUGCUAACAUAUAGCUUGCAAGCUAGCAGAUUGUGCUGCUAAUGGAGCUAGCCCUUGUAGCUACGCUACAUUUUAGCCGAUGUUGAUGGUUUAACAUUAGCAAAUUUUUCCAAAGAGAAAGCACAUAACAGAAAAUGAGCAUGACGUACAAAUCAUAUUUCAGUGGUUCAGUAAUGCAUGUUACUUACCUUCAGUGCUAACGGUGCUAAUCUAUCUAGUGAACAUUGAUUUUGAGUUUUUGACAUUAUAUUAUUGUGACAGAAAAUCAACGAGUUUCCAAAACAACCGAUUUUUUUAUUUUCAGAAAAAGCGUUUUCCAGUGUUUCAAACCUGCUAGCUAAGAUAGCAUCCACAGCUAAUGUAGCUGAUGUUUGUUAGCUUUCUGUUUAAUGUGUGCAGUACAAGAGGCCCUGGACCUGAUUAGCCUAGCUUAGCACAAAGACUAGAGGUGGGGGAAAGUUUGAGCUUAGCUACAAGAAAGGAGAAAACUUCCUCCCUCAAACAUUUCCAGCACUAAUGUGAUCACAUUGCUAAUGUUAGCUUGAUAGAUAAUAGACAACGAUGAAUACAUGUAUAAUAUAGUUAUUUUCAUUAUUGAACGAUCUGAUUGUUGGAUCAAUCAAUAGUCGUUUAACAUAGUAAUAUCAGAAUAUAGUGAAAAAUCCCAAUGGCAGAUGAAUCCUCAUUAAUGAUGAAUUGAUAAUCAAUAUAUUUUCACUGUGACUGGUGAAAUGUGCAGUAGAGGUAAGGCAGCUUUGAUUGACAGCUGUGAUCAGGUUGCGACAGUCGGACCAGAUGGAUGUAGGAGCCAGGCCGGAGGUCAAAGUUCACCUGGAAGCAGGUCAGACCGCCUGGCAACCAAAGGAAAGUGGGCGUGGCCAUGUUGGGCCUCAAAGACGCCAAAACAACUUGAGCACUUAGAGCGACGGGUCUGAAACAGACUUUUUAUAAAAACGUGAACAAUGAGAAAUCCACAUUAUCAGACGAACAUAUUGACACUACUAAGAUGAUUUUUCAUACGCGCGUUGUAAACGCAGGUGAGUUCAGAUGCAGGCAGGUAGCACAUGGAUCGGCUCUUACUGUUUUUCUACAGAGCUGUGAAUCACACACUAAGUGGACGGUGAUUUUUUUAUGCAAGUGAAGCCGGCGGCUCUGUCCUCACUCCGGCCACGUUGCUCCGCCGCCGCCGCGCUCACUCUUCAGGCUUAACCAGGAACUAUCAGGUAUACAGACUCUUUUCUUUAAUCCAGUGAAUCUGACAUUUACCUUUCCUGCGUAGCAGAAAGCUAACGGCUAAACCUCAACGUCAAACUAACCUGUGAAUAAACAGCAGGUCAGAAUUCCCUGCGAGUCACUGCAGAGGACAACAGAACACAAAGAACUAGACUCGCUCACUGAUCGCAGAUAAUUAAUCACUUAUCAUUAAUGUUUAACAGUCGCCUCGUUUUUCUGAUCAUAUUACGUCAGUUAAUGAUAUUUUCAUACUUGUUAUCAGGUCCUCAGAUCAACUGACUGAACCGGUCCGAGCCGGUCCAAACAGGUUUGUUUGUGUCCAAGUAUAAACCUUCGUCCUCUAAACAACUCAUCACUUCAAACUGGUUCAGAACCAGAAACAUCUGAUCCGGUUCAGUCUGGUUCUGUCAAUUCUGGUUCGGUUCAGUCUUCCCAGUCUGCUUCUGUUUGGUUCAGUCCAGUCUGGUUCAGUCUGGUUCUGGUUCUCUUCAGUCUGUCCAGUCUGGUUCUGGUUUGGUUCAGUCUGGUUCUGUCAAUUCUGGUUUAGUCCAGUCGGGUUCUGUUCAGUCUGGUUCUGUUCAGUCUGGUUCUGGUUCGGUCUGGUUCUGGUUCUGUUCAGUCUGGUUCUGUUCAGUCUGGAUCGAGUCUCUAAAGAAGGAAAAGUCUGAUCAGAACUUUGAACCACUGUCACAUGAUCCGACUACGUCUGAUUCAGUUUGUGACGUUCAGUCAAAUAUCAGAACAUUGUUAAUUAUUAUUUACUAGAAAAAAAAAUGAUUGAACAAAUUUAGAAUCAGAAGCUUGUGACCCAGGAUCAGACUUUUCCUUCCACUGAUCCUCGGUUCAUUCGUUUCAUCUUCAAACUGUGAAAACGGCUCAACCUCAUCAUCCUCAUCAACCUCAUCAUCAUCCUCAUCAACCUCAUCAUCCUCAUCAUCAUCCUCAUCAUCCUCGUCAACCUCAUCAUCCUCAUCAUCAUCCCCAUCAACCUCAUCAUCCGCAUC